AUUUUAUAAACGUGCAAUUAAUACAUAAGUAGUACAAUUGUAUAUUGACUAAAACUCUUGGUUGUGGUCCUUGUGAAUCCAGUUUUACUUCUUUUUACGAUAGAAUUAGGAAAGUUAGAGUUAUAUUCAUGUUAAGCUUUUUAAUUAUUCUAUGUUCCCGUUAUUAGUUUUAAUGUCGAGUAGGAUUAGGAAACUAUUGUAUUAUAAAUACGUUGACACUUCUAGCUAUUUUAUUCAUCCAUAUUCUAUAGAUCAAAGUUAGAGAAUUAAACAAAAUAAUGGCGGGUGGAAUAAUUAUUGAUGGUGGAAAGGUUGGUAAAGAGUAUCCAGGAAAACUAACUGGUUACGUGUUUUUGAGUUGCCUUCUUGCGGCUGCUGGAGGAUUGAUAUUCGGUUAUGACAUCGGGAUUUCAGGUGGAGUUACAUCAAUGCCGAUGUUUUUGGAGAAAUUCUUCCCAUCAGUGUAUAGACAACAGAUGGCGGACUCAGGGACGAACCAGUACUGUAAAUUCAAUAGCGUCAAGUUAACUAUGUUCACGUCCUCUUUAUACUUGGCUGCAUUAGUAGCUUCUAUCGUGGCAUCAACUGUCACUCGAAAGUGGGGCCGCAAGCGAUCCAUGUUUGUUGGAGGCCUCCUCUUCCUGGCUGGUGGUGCUAUUAAUGCAGCUGCUCAAAACGUUGCCAUGCUUAUCAUCGGUCGUAUACUUCUUGGUUUUGGCAUCGGCUUCGCUAAUCAGUCAGUACCUGUGUUUCUGUCAGAGAUGGCACCUUACAAGCAUCGUGGUGCGCUAAACAUGAUGUUCCAACUCACAAUCACAAUAGGAAUCCUCAUAGCCAAUCUCCUUAACUACGUAUUUGCCAAAGUUGACCACAUUGGGUGGAGGUUGAGUCUCGGAGGAGCUAUGGUUCCUGCUCUCAUUAUCCUUUUUGGUUCUUUAAUCCUUCCCGAAACCCCCAACUCCCUCAUUGAAAGAGGCAAACCCGAUGAAGCUAAGAAACAACUGUUGAAAAUUCGAGGGGUAGAAAAUGUUGAUGCCGAAUUCGAAGACCUAGUUACAGCUAGUGAAGCCUCCGAGAAGGUGAAAGACCCUUGGAAAAGCCUCUUUAAGGACAGACAAUAUAGACCCCCUCUUAUAUUCGCCUUUGUAAUCCCAAUGUUUCAACAACUUACUGGGAUCAAUGUGAUCAUGUUCUACGCACCUGUUCUAUUUAAAACAAUCGGAUUUGCAGAUGAUGCCUCCCUUAUGUCAGCAGUUAUUACUGGUGGGGUUAACGUUGUUGCUACUUUAGUUUCUAUUUAUGGUGUUGAUAAAUGGGGAAGGCGCUCUCUUUUCCUUCAAGGUGGCAGCCAAAUGCUCAUUUUUCAGAUACUGGUAGCAUCAUUCAUCGGAUGGAAAUUUGGGGUGACAGGAGAUGCAGCAAAUUUGCCAGAAUGGUAUGCAAUUGUAGUUGUAUUGUUUAUAUGCAUCUACGUAGCUGGAUUCGCAUGGUCAUGGGGACCUCUAGGAUGGCUAGUACCAAGUGAAAUCUUCCCUCUUGAAGUUCGAUCUGCUGCACAGAGCAUCAAUGUAUCAGUUAACAUGAUAUUCACCUUUAUAAUUGCCCAAGCUUUCCUCCCAAUGUUAUGUGCCAUGAAGUUUGGACUCUUUAUCUUUUUCGCCUUCUUCGUGGUAGUUAUGACAAUAUUCAUCUACUUCUUGUUGCCUGAGACCAAGAAUGUGCCUAUUGAAGAGAUGAAUCUUGUUUGGAAGAACCACAAGUUCUGGGGUCAUUUCAUUCCAGAUGACGUAGUUACUCCAGAGAUGCCCGUGCUUAAGGCUUAAUUAAUUCUCUUUUUUAGUAUUUUAUCCUUUUUAAGAUUAUUAAGUACUCGAUCAAGUAUUAUAUAUGAUAUGUUUUAGUAGAUAGUCGUGUUUAAUUCGUUCAUUCAUUAACUCUUAUGAAGUUAUAAUAAACUUGUACGUUGAGAAUUUUCAUAAGGAGUUAUUUAUUUAUUAUUAUGCA